AAGCUGAUCGAGCACCGCGACCCAACGUCCCUCGGCAACCAGAGCGGUGUAUGGACCCCGGAUGCGAGCCUCGUCGCUGGGGCCAGGAUAUCGCUCUGCAUCUUCGCCGCCAAGCCCUGCCAGCUGUCCUUCUCCCCGCGCUCUAUCCUCCCCGCCAUGUCUGUCGCCGGAGACAAGACCGGGCUCCCUGCUGGUGUCGUCCUCGUCCCCGGUCCGACACCGACCGUCUUGGCCCCAAGCACAUUCGACCUGAUGCUCAGCUACCAAUGGAGCCAUCAGGAAACUGUCAAAAAGAUCCGCGAUUCGCUCAAGGCCCGCGGCCUCUCUGUCUGGAUGGACUUGGACUGCAUGGCCGGCAACAUCAACGACGCCAUGUACGAUGGGGUGGUAUCGUCCCGGGUCAUUGUGCCGUGCCUAACGGCUGCCUAUGAGGCAUCCUACAACUGCAAGAAGGAGCUCAAUUUUGCCGACGCAGAAAAGAAGCCCCUCGUGCCCGUGCGUCUGGACCGAGGGCCGUUCACCUGGUCCGCCAUCAUCACCUCGGGCCUGCUCUACGUCGAUCUCUGUCAUCCCAACGGCAGCGACUCCGAAGCCGCGCCCAUGCUCGACACCGACUCGGCCUGGUGGAACUCCAAAAUGGACAUGCUCGCCCGGGAGAUCCGCGCGAAGCAGAACUCCAAGCCGAUUGCGCAGCGUUCUGCCCAAUAUCGGUGGAAGUGGGCAAUGAUCACCUCGGGCUCAUUGAUCGUGCUCGUUGCGAUCGUCUACGUCAUUAUCGCCGCAGUCGAGGGCCGGUUCAACGGACUGUUUGGCAACAACACACCCAACUUUUCAUUCAGCGUAUCGACGCCUCAAUGGGUCGCUGCAAAUGGCCUCUCAUGCGACAAAGCCUGUAGCAAGGCCAAUCUGACUUUCUACUCCACCAGCACCACGGCCAGCACCGCCUAUGCCGUUUGUCAGAAUCUGCAAGACACCGACCCGACCAUUGCCAUCUCAUGGUCCGAGAUCCAAGUCGCAGGCAACAGCACACUCUGCGGCAGCUCUUCAUCGGCAAGCUAUGAGUGUCUCUGCGUCGAUCCAAAGUUUUCGGCCUCCGUGAGCACAGUGUCCAGCGUCAUCGGAAACACUUGUGACGAUGCUUGCAGUUUCUCGCCUCCCAAUACUGCCACGGUUCCUCACCCCGCCGAUUCUUCCUGGGUUUUUCCUGUCAAGGCCCUCUUCAAUUCGCACUUUCCGCAAUACUAUGGGUGCAAGACCCUGACUGGCUCUCAGGCCGGCACCGUCCUCACGGGCGUUUGCCAGACCAAGGUUCUUGACAGCAGUGGUCGCUACGUCUCUGCCAACUCCACGGAUCCGUUUGGACGAUCCAUCUCCUUCCAGUGCAUCUGUGCUGUUCCGCCGGGUUCGCAGCCGACUCACAGCUCGUGAGAAACAACAGAGCGACACGACAGAGUCGCCGAGGAUAUGGUCCAGCAUUGGCCCAGAGGUGAAUCCAUGCGUUGCCUCGACGAAUACAAGGCUCCCUGAAUACAUGCGUGGAAUCGUGACGCCAGCGCGGCAUGCAGCAUGAUCAUCGUGUGCAGGACAAUUGCGGAAACCGGGG